GCACUGCAUUUUAUAUCCCCCUCGGUUCAACCUAGGGUUCUCUUUCAAAACCUUCCGCCGUAACCUUCUCCUAUUCUCGUCGGCGUAGGAAGAAGAAGAGAAAAAAGACGCCAAAAUGGCUUCACCGGAAGCUCCUCUCUGCUAUGUCGGCGUCGCUCGCCAAUCUGCCGCUUUUCGUCUUAUGAAGCAAAUGGGAUGGGAAGAAGGAGAAGGGCUUGGUAAAGAUAAACAAGGGAUCAAAGGUCACGUUAGAGUUAAAAACAAGCAGGAUACUGCUGGUAUUGGAUUAGAUAAACCUAAUCCGUGGGCGUUCGAUACUGCUCAGUUUGAUAGUAUUCUCAAAGGAUUGAAAGUGAAGCAAGCAGUGCAAACCAAUGAUGAAGCGGAAAAGAAUGAAAAUCGAGUAGAAACUGAGGCUGAUGCGGCUAAUGAUGCUGAAGAACAAGUUGUUAAGGCUACUCGACCCCAGGGAAGAUAUAAGAAAAGAGAGAGAGGGAAGCUUGUGAAUGCAUAUUCUUCUAAGGAUCUUGAAGGAAUUCUUGCCAAAAAGGUUGAGCAGUCAUUGCCUGUAAAUCCUGAUGUCGGUGGUGAAUUGGAGAUAUUAGAGCCAACUGAGACUAAUGGUUUUUCCGCUGAAGGAAACAAAGUUGAGAGUGUUUCUCCGGAUUGGUGGGGCUAUAAAUAUGGAUUUGUUUCUGGAGGUUUUCUGGGAGAGUCUACGAGAAAGAAAUCAUUGAAAACUGGAGUGUCAAAAAUUUCAACUGAAAGAACUGUAUUUUUUGAAGAUGACCAAGAGAAUCUCUACAAACUUGUGCAAGAUAAAGCCACAACUGGAAAACAGGGUCUGGGCAUCAAGGAUCGACCAAAGAAAAUAGGUGGAGUUCACUUUCAGGGGAAAAAGAAGUCAUUUAGCGAUAGUGAUGGUGAAGAUUCUGAUGAUGUCGGCUCUCCACCAAAACGAACACGUGAUGAUGCAUUAGAAACAGAGAAAGAUGAUCAACCAAAACUAAAGUUGAAAAAGCUGUGUAAACGGCUUCUUCGUCAGGUACCUGGAGAUUCAUUAAAACUAAAACAACUGAAAGUUCUUAUUGAUGAGCAAUCAUCUUCGGUUUUUUCCAACUUUUCUUCCAAGAAAGAUGCUAUCGCCUACUUGAAGGGAAAGCUCGAAGGCAGCAGCAAGUUUUGUGUGGAGGGAAAGCGAGUGAGUCUUGCAGUUAGAAGAGGCUAAAGUAAACUUUACGAUUUUGAUAGUCUUUUGGUGGCCACUAUAAGCUGAGACUGAAUUAUUAGU